AUGGCCCCUAGAAUCAAGGCCUUUAGAUCCCUUGUACAGAUAGAAAACUCAGUAGAGGAAGCUGAGACCGAGCAGCCGCAGGAACGAGAAAUACCUCCACCUUGCCUGGGCCCGAAGCCACAGGCAACCCUGCAGAAGAUGAAGAAUGUUCCGGAAAAAUGUAACAAAGACCUGCCCAGGCUGCCCCCAGCAUCCAGCAACGUGAGUUUGCAGGACCCCGAGGAGCCCUCCUUCUGCUUGGAAGCUGAGGACGACUGGGAGGAGCUGAGCUCACUGCUGCUGUUCCUGAACGCCCCCGGGUACAAGGCCAGUGACGUGGCGCUGCCAUGGCUGAGCACCGUGUUCUGCAGCUUUAGUGAUGAGGAGCUGAUUGGGCGCCUGGCAUGGGCCCGAAGGGUGGCCAAGAAAGCUGGCCUCGUCACGGCCCUGGCCAGGCUCUGCUUCCUCCUGGGGCGGCUGUGCAGCAGGAGGCUCAAGCUGUCCCAGGCCUGGGUGUACUUUGAGGAAGCACUGGGGACCCUGGAGGGCAGCUUUGGGGACCUGUUCCUGGUGGUGGCUGUGUACGCCAACCUGGCCAGUAUUUACUGGAAGCAGAAGAACCGGGAGAACUGUACACAGGUGGUUCCCAAAGCUGUGACCCUGCUCCUGGGGACGCCUGGCCACAUCUGCAGCACCGAGGUGGAGGGGGAGCUCCUGCAGCUGGUGCUGCGGCGGGCGGUGGGUGGCCAGAGCCUGCAGGCCGAGGCCCGGGCCUGCUUCCUGCUGGCCAGGCACCAUGUGUACCUCAAGCAGCCCGAGGAGGCCCUGCCCUUCCUAGAGCGGCUACUGCUUUUGCACAGGGACUCAGGAGCCCCAGAGGCUGCGUGGCUCUCAGACUGUCACCUACUCCUAGCUGACAUCUGCAGCUGCAAGUGCCUGCCCCACCUGGUGCUGAGCUGUGUCAAGGUGGCCUCAUUGAGGGCACAGGACUCGCUGGCCGGCUUGCUGAGGAGCGUGAACCUGGUGCUCCAGAACGUCCUCCAGCCCCACAGCCCCCACUACCUCAGGCGAGCGCUGGCCUCCCUAACCCCGGGCACAGGCCAGGUGCUGCGCGGCCUUCUCCACACCAGCCUGGCCCAGCUGUACAGCCACCAUGGCUACCACGGCCCGGCCAUCACCUUCAUGACGCAGGCGGUGGAAGCCAGUGCUGUUGCCAGAGUCCGUGCCAUCGUGGACCGCCUGAUGGCUGUGGCCUGGCUGCACGUGCUUCAGGGGCAGAGCCCAAUGGCCCUGCACAUCCUGCAGUCUGCAGUGGUGGCCAGCGAGGACCAGGAGGGCGUGAAUGCCAACAUGGUGGCCAUGGCUCUGAAGAGGACGGGCCGGACGAGGCAGGCAGCCGAGGGCUACUACCGCGCCCUACGGGUGGCUCGGGACCUGGAUCAGCGGAGGAACCAGGCAGUGGCGCUGGCCAACUUCGGGGCCCUGUGCCUGCACGCGGGUGCCAGCAGGCUGGCCCAGCACGACCUCCUGGGGGCCAUGAGGCUGUUCUCGAGGCUGCCCUGCAAGGAGUGUGGCUGGGACUUCACCCACGUGCUCCUGCAGCUGGGUCACCUCUGCACCCACCAGGGCCCGGCCCAGCAGGGCAAGGGCUACUACCAGUGGGCCCGUCUGGUCGCCAUGGAGAUGGGCCACGUGGAGAGUGGGUGCCCCGAGUCGUCCUGUGCACCUUCUGGGGCCACUCGGGUCAAGGCACACCUGGAAUUUGUGAUUCAGAAACAAGUGGUUUUUCCACCAUCGAAAGUGCUGAGUCAUGGCCAACAGCAGAUGUUGGCAAGCGCCCUGGAGACAGGGCGUUCCCAUGCAGGGCCGUGCUCUACUGGGGCAGCCAGCUCUUCCCAGUUUGCCCAGGGACAAUCCUCCUUGAGCACUGAAAGGCCUGCAUGCUGGGAAUCCCUAGACAUAACCCUGGGGUCAAGGCAGGCUCUGCUGAGCUGGGACUUGGGGCCCCUCCAUGAGCCAGGCCCUGAAUGCCGGUUCUUGUGCCCGUGUUAUCUGCUUGGUAUAUCGGCAGCCUGUGCACCUGUCAUCCCACUUCACAGAGGACACGGGGCAGGGCCUACAAAUGUGCUGUGGACUACACCAAACGAUGUCUGGGGAUUUUCAUUGACCUCCAGAAGAGGAGGAGGCGCAUGCCUGGCUGCAAGCAGGGAAGAUCUGUUACAUCCUGCAGCAGAGCGAGCUGGUGGACCUGUACAUCCAGGGGCACAGAAUGUGGCCCUGUACACAGGCGACCCCAACCUGGGACUGGAGCUGUUUGAGGCAGCUGGAGACAUCUUCUUCAAUGGGGCCUGGGAGCGAGAGAAAGCCGUGUCCUUCUACCGGGACCGGGCGCUGCUCCUGGCAGUGACUACGGGGAACUGCAAGGCGGAGCUGCGGCUGUACAAGCUGGUGGCACUGCUGGCCACGCUGGAGGAACCCCAGGAGGGCUUGGAGUUUGCCCACAUGGCCCUAGCACUCAGCAUCACUCUGGGGGACCGGCUGAACGAGCACGUGGCCUACCACUGGCUGGCCGUCCUGCACCAGCAGCUGGGCGAUGGCAAGCUGGCGGAGCACUUCUACCUCAAGGCCCUGUCGCUCUGCAACUCGCCGCUGGAGUUCAACGAGGAGACCCUCUACUACCUGAAGGUGUACCUGGUGCUCGGUGACAUCAUCUACGACCUGAAGGUGGGUGGGGAGGGGCAGGGCUCGGGGUGUUCCCGGCCCCCUUGGAGUGGGCUCUCCACCCAGACCCCAGAGUCCUGGGUUCCAGCCUUCCUUCGGAAUGGCCCAGUGGCCUCCCUGGAGCUCUGCACCUAGCUGGAGGAGCUGGUAAGGUUAGCAGAUACAACCCAGCUCCCAAGCUGGCCAGGCCCCACCCUCAAGAACUCAGUCUCAGCCAAGGAGGCUGACAC